CAUUACUUGCAUCUAGUUGGAUAAUCGCUUGUAGUAACACACAGCGGUUGUGGAGCCACGCUUGUAUGGUUUGCGCGCCUCUUCUUCGCAAGCGGUGUUUCUUCUUUGCGAGGCGUUGGAUCCCUCCUCGGCACUUGCAGCCCGCCUGCAUUGAAGGGCAGCGCACCGACAGCAGCCAAACGGGCUGAGAGUGGAGAACGGAGAGCGAAGAAUGAUGCUCGCCAAGACUCGUGCUUCUAUUGCUCCGCGCGCCCGUGCUCGCAUCGUCGUGGUGCGCCUGGGCCGCGUCAGCAUUUUGUGCCGCGCCUGGCCUUGGCCGGGCCGCGACAAGCCCUCGGCGCCGAGCACCUCUCCGCCAGCCGCUGAUGUGACCAUGGUGCUGACUGUGGUUGGCAGCUGCCUGACGCUGUUCUCGGCGCUGUACAUGGUGCUGGCUGGGCUGAAGGCGGAGAUCAGCUCCGAUAUGACAGAUCUCAAAACGGAGCUCCGCUCCGAUAUGACAGAUUUCAAAAAGGAGCUCCGCGCGGAUCUAAGGCAGGCGGAGGACCGUUGGUACACGGUUUCCCGCGACACUGCCACUCUCAAGGCGGUCAGCGAUGCCCGCACGCCGCCACCGCCGCCGUCGCCGAAGCAGGAGAAGCAACCAGACCAGCAACAGCAGUAGCUGCGGUCGAUGUUGACCGCACUGCACGGCAAGCCGCUGUCGACGCGACUGGUUGCCUCAUGGCCUGGCGGUGGAGGCAGCGGUGGUUGAGGCGACAGCGCAGCUGCAGCCUCUGUUGUGUCUGUGCCGGUCAGCCGAUUGCUGGCGCCUAGGCUAGUGGCGGCCGGGCUGGUGGCGGCCGGGCUGGUGGCGGCAAGGCGGGCGAUGUAGGGGAACUGCCGCCUUCAUGGCGCUCUGAUCCGCGCUGGCGCGGAUCAGAGCAGCAUGUGCGGGAUCCAGUGCUGGGGGUGUCGGCGGAGGCAGGUGGCGGUGGCGGGGCGUGUGCGCAUCUACUUGGUCCCAAACGAGCGAUGCAAGUGAAGCUGGAAACGUCUUGCUUACAAGAGGGGGCCAGUGUGAUACGCAUCAGUCCACGGCAUCAGUCCCAAGUCGAU